ACGUCUAUCGCAAGAGUCAAGAGAGUCUUGUUGGAGAUCGCUAACAGGCUCGAGAUCAACGUUGAAGGCAUCGACAUGGAGGAGGAUUUGAACACCAAGUCCUGGAACGGGUCCAAGCUAUGCAUCCUCCUCGGCUCCACGGAGGAUGCUCGACGCAUGAUGAAGGAGCUGCCCUUCUAUCUCGAAGGCGCAGCAACCAAGCUCGAAGCAGUCGGCUUCGACAAGGAGCCUGACUCUGAGGCGGCUGGUCAGCGGGGCACCAGCGACGCAGCGCAGCGACAGGAGGAGAGCGAGGGAGAGUGGCUGGAGUUUACAGACCUGGAGAGGAUCACAAUGGAGGCAGCAUCUCCGUCAAGCCAAGAGGACAUGCAGCUCGUCAGCGAGCUGUCAGCAGUCAUCGAAGAUGCAGCUUCUUUGAACGAGGCAGGGACGAGCGAGCCGAUCAAGCUGGUCCUGGACAAGGCCGUUGGCAACCUCCACGACACCUUCUACUCUCCGGGGAGCCUGGAGUUCAUGUCGCUGGGAGAGUGGGCGAAGAUGCCAGAGGAGCAGGGAGUGGGACGCAACGCGCUCAAGGAGAAGCUGGGGAAGUGGCUGCAGAGCAAGCGCUGGACUCGCGUGCAAGGAGAGAGCAAGAAGGCAAGGAGGGGCAGCGCGUUCUCGCCACGGGCAACGGCAGCUGCUGAGCUUGAGCAGGAGGCGGAGAGCGACGACAUAGAGCGUCGAUCUCUUAGCCUCCUGUUCAUAGCACUGAGUAAAUUCGCAGAGAUGCAUGUGCUGGCCUGCUCGCUGAAGGUGGACAAGAAGGACCGACUGCGAGUGGAGAUGAGGGAAGAUGACGAAGAAGAGGAAGACAUGGAGGAAGAGCAAGGCGAGGGCGAGGAAGAAGACGGGGCGAGCCCGUACCGAGCUUGAGCUGAGCCCAAGGUAAGGAGAGAAGGUAGGAGGCGACCGAAGGCCAAGGUGAGGAGAGGCAACUCUCCUGACUGAGGCUGAGGAAGCCAAGAGAAGACAGCAGAAGUAGAGAGUAGAAAGACGCCUCAGAAGCAGGGUUCGCAUUGUAGGCCGUGUACUCCCAGUGCUCGAGCGCCUCUUUAGACUAGGAUCAAAUUGCACAAGCCCACAACGAGGCCGAGCAACAUUCUAGCAUUCUAAUAAACUCACAUAAUUAGGGUUUAGGGUUUAGGCCGGUUAUUUCAGGCACCAUGGCUGCACGCGUGGUGUAGGGGAAGCUGCCAGGGCGCCAAGGAAGCUGCAAGCGAGAGGUUUGUAUACUUCAAAUAGCUUUCUA